AUGAAUACUUACAAUAUAAAUGAACUUUCUUCAUCAUCUGAAUCCGAUGGUCCCUAUUUAGUCGAUUCAAGAUAUUGUCGUACAACAAUUAGAUGUAAACGGAAAUCAUUGAAAAAAACAAUUAAAUUGAUUCAUGGCCGUUGUGUUGUUAUCUAUCGAGGCACAGGAGAUCUUUUACCUAUUGCAGCAAAGGAUGCAGAUCGAAAUUGUUAUUGUGAUUUUGUUUUUGUUUGUCAUGAUCCAAAGUCAAUGAGUUUAGCAAAACACAUGUCCGCUAUGCCACAAUCUGGAUCAGCUUUACAUGAUUCAUCAAUAUCAGAAGAUGAUAAUGACGAUAAAAGUGAUAAAAAGAUUUUUCAACAACGAUUCGUAUCUUCAAAUAGUAAUCAACGAUUAUCAGAAAAAGAUUCAUUUUUAUUUCCAAAAAAAAUAAAUGAAUAUAAUAACAACGAAAAUUCUAUUUCGUUCAUUACAUCUGAAAGAGAAUCACGGAUCAAGAAUAAUUCUUCAACAACAUGCAUUGAUACCAAUGAAACUGAAACAUCGAAAGAGCAAUUAAUAAUUGAAGAUAUCGAUGUUGAUGUUGACGAAUUGAUUGACGCUGAUGAACCAUCAGUUUCAAUUGUUUAUUUUCCAUCAACGCAUACGAAACCUAUUUCGAAUAUUUUUAUUGACAAAAGUAGAUAA